UUUGAUAGAUCUGCUGGUCGGAGCGCCGCUCUUCAUGGACCGAGGGUCGGAUGGAAAGCUGAGGGAGGUGGGACAGGUGUCGGUGUACCUGGGCCGUGGUGGAUUUUCCUUCCAGCCUCCUCAGCUGCUCACAGGGUCCGAGGUUUACGCCAGGUACGGCUCUGCCAUCACAGCGCUGGGAGACCUGGAUAAGGACGGCUACAACGAUGUGGCCAUCUCUGCUCCUUAUGGAGGCACCGGCCAUCUGGGCGUGGUCUACAUCCACAACGGCCGCGCUCGAGGGCCCGACCCCACUCCUUCCCAGGUCCUGCGGGGCAAAUGGGCGUCCUCCUACAUGCCUGCUAGCUUUGGAUACUCCAUUACUGGAAACACUGACAUAGACCAGAACGGAUAUCCAGAUUUAAUAGUGGGAGUGUUUGGAGCAGACAAAGCUGUUUUAUACAGAGCUCGACCAGUCAUCAGUGUGAACGCCACGUUAGACAUCACGCCUCAGAUCAUCAACCCAGAGGAGAAGACCUGCACACUUCCUGGAACAACCACUCAUGUGUCCUGUUUUACGGUGAAGUACUGUCUGAAGGCCAGCGGCACCGGAGCUCCGGCUUUUCUCGAUUUCCGUGUGGACCUGACGUUGGACCGCCUGAAGCAGAAGGAGGCGACUAAACGCGUCCUCUUCCUGCACAGUCGGACCUUUCAGUACUCAAAGAACAUGGCGGUGUCCAACAGCAAAACCCCGACCUGCGAGGAGCAGUCCGUCUUCCUGCGGGUGAGAAAUGGCACAUUUUAAAAUGAAAGAAGAAGA